UUUCGUGUGGAAAAAUCGUAUGGUCAGUAUUUUGUUCGAGCUCCUUGCGCGUGAGCAAUCCUUUCCAUGAUUAGGACGAGCUUGACCUCAUAGCUUAGAUCAGUUUCUUCCUGCGUUGUCUUCUUACCUGUGACUAUUCAGCAGCAAGGAAUUGAUUGAAUUGAUCGCUCUGUACCCAUGCAUGGAAAAGCCUUGGAGGCAGAAAGAGUGCAUAUUAUGCCCUGUUCACCGCAAAAGGCCUGAUUGGGAGUUAUUUAUGAUUGUAAGGAGACCACAACUUGCUACCAUUGCAAUCUUUGUAUGUGUGAAGGAGGAUGGGUAGGUUAGGUGCCCUCUGUACUAUUCUCUUCUUCGUCUUUUUGGAUAUUGGAGCUAGCAAAGAUGAUUGUCCGACUUCAAGAUGCAGUCCGAACGGCCCCGAAAUCAGAUUCCCGUUUCGGAGAAGUGACCACCCAGAGUACUGUGGCUAUCCAGGAUUCGAGCUGGCUUGCCAGGGUAACGACACUGCGAUCAAGCUUCCAUCAUCCGGAGUUUUUCCUAUAGCACACAUCGAUUAUGCUGGACAGAUGCUCCGUCUUGAAUCAAAAUUCUGCCCUGCAUCCAUCCUCUUGAAACUUGAUGUUUCCAACUCGCCUUUCCGCUUCUACAGUUACAGCCUGGAAGACGAGCCUGACAAUUGGACAUUCCUCAACUGUUCAACAGCCGAUUCAAUUACAAAAACGAUUAUUCAACCGUUCAACAGCCGUUACGUUUACGUCGAUUAUCGUUAUGAUGAAAUCGACUGCCUAAGUGAAUCCGAUAAUCACAUCUUCGCCGUGCCAUCAUCUUUGAGCUUGGUUGAGAUACCAAAAUCUUGCACACCCAUAAAGACCAUUCAAGUGAUAUGGCCGUAUAUUUAUUAUCUAUAUGGUUAUUCAUCCAGAUAUGAUGAAUAUGUUCCUACUCUAAAGUGGGAGAGUCCUGAUUGCGCUCCCUGCGAAACUAGACGAGGGAUUUGUCGACCCAAUAAUUCUAAAAGUCAUGAAACUAUCUGUUUAUACCAACCUCAACGCAAUCUUCUUCUGGAUCAUCAUAAAGGUAGAAUAUGCAAGAAGCGUUUGAUUAUAGGUGCAGUAGUCCUGGGCAUCUUGGUUCUUUUAGCGACGACGGCAAUCGCAAUUAAGGUAUGCCACUCUUGGUUGCUAAAAAGAGAGAAGGAAAAGGAGAGUCAACUAAAGGUUGAAAAGUUCCUGGAAGACUAUAAAGCUCUUAAACCCAUGAGAUAUUCUUAUGCUGAUAUCAAGAAGAUCACCAAUCAAUUCAAAACUAAAUUAGGUGAGGGUGGUUAUGGCAGUGUAUUCAAAGGAUUUCUUCCUAAUGGAGUACCUGUUGCCGUGAAGAUACUCCUAAGAUCUAUAGGCGGCAACGGUGAAGAUUUUGUAAAUGAAGUAGGCACCAUUGGUAGGAUUCACCAUGUCCAUGUCGUGCGUCUUCUAGGAUUCUGUGCUGACGGAUUCAAACGAGCUCUUAUCUAUGAAUUCAUGCCGAAUGAAUCACUGGCGAAGUUCAUUUUCUCAGUUGAUGGUAGAAGUACAUGGCUAGGCUGGGACAGGCUUCAUAACGUUGCCAUUGGCAUAGCUAGAGGAAUUGAAUAUCUUCAUCAGGGAUGUGACCAACGUAUCCUCCAUUUUGAUAUUAAGCCCCAUAAUGUCUUGUUAGACGAUAAUUUUUGUCCAAAGAUUUCAGAUUUUGGGCUUGCAAAGUUGUGUUCAAAAGAGCAAAGCAUAGUGUCAAUGACAGCUGCCAGAGGGACUGCAGGUUACAUUGCACCAGAAGUGUGCUAUAGGAACUCUGGAAAUGUUUCAUACAAAUCCGAUGUUUAUAGUUUUGGAAUGCUAUUGCUGGAAAUGGUGGGUGGGAGGAAGAACAUGGAUGCAACAGUGGAAAACACCAGCCAAGUGUACUUCCCAGAGUGGAUCUACAAUCGUUUGUAUCAGGAGGAGGAGAUUGGGCUCCACAUUAUUGAAGAGAACGAUGCAAUUAUUGCAAGAAAGCUGACUAUUGCGGCACUUUGGUGCAUACAGUGGUAUCCAGUGGAUCGCCCUUCAAUGAAAAGUGUGGUGCAGAUGUUAGAGGGAAGCAUGGAGAACUUGGUAAUGCCUCCCAAUCCUUUCACUUCUGCUGGUCCACCAAAUACUCACGUAGCUUUGUCUGAUAGGCGUCUUGGCACAAAUUUGACAACUAUCCCCGAACCAAACUCUGAGCAAGAAGAAGUUUGAUGUUUGUUAGUGUUUCCGUUACUUCGGUCGAGGAGUGAUGCAAGUGUAAUCGUCAAAACCAUGCUUGCUUAUGUUUACGUAUCACUGUGAUGAUUAAUAAGUAUUCAAUUGUGGGUUGAUGCUGUAAUUGAAGGUUUGAGGUCUGUAAUACUGGCAUAGAUUAUUUCUGUUAUUAUUGUGGUGAUAGUUUAGUACCAAUGCUCUUAUGAGGUUACAUGAUUGAUAUGCUUAUUUUUUAACAGUGGUUAGGAUA